UGGCGCGGCUGCACUAAGGGAAGCUGCACGGGAGGAGAGCGGCGGGGCCGGGCGGGGGGCGAGACGACAAGAAGGAGGGAGGAAAAAAAAAAAAAAUCCCUGCAUUUCCUCCUCCUCCUCCACAUCAUCCCCUCCGCUGAGCACUCUUGGUCGUCGACGUCCACCUCCUCCACCUCCUCUCCCGUGCCCCGCUAAGACGGCGCCAGGACUGCAUCAAAAAAAAAAAAAAAUCUCUUGCAAACAAAGAGGGAAAAGGGGGUGGAGGGGGUUGGAGAAUUCUCCUAGGCGAGAAUGGCGGACCGCAGCCUGGAGAGCAUGUCUCUGCCCCUGGAGGUGAGAGCCCGGCUGGCCGAGCUGGAGCUGGAGCUGUCGGAAGGUGACAUCACACAGAAAGGGUAUGAAAAGAAGAGAUCAAAAUUAAUUGGGGCCUACCUACCACAGCCUCCAGCGGCGAAUGGAGCUGCCGCAGUUCGGUGUAGACUGCAGCACAGUGAAGGAGCCACGAGAAGAAUGCUGCGCUCCACCAACUUCGGGGUGUGUGACAUCCGAGAAGCAGCGGCCAGAGAACGGGCGGCCAGCACUGCAGGAACCCGGCCUCUGUUUUACUUUCGUUUCGGGGUCGACCAGGCCUUGCCGCAGGAACGUCGAACACCAGUUACCCCAUCCUCUUCCUCCCGCUACCACCGCCGCAGGUCCUCAGGUUCACGGGAUGAGCGCUACCGGUCAGAUGUGCAUACAGAAGCAGUUCAGGCAGCUCUUGCUAAACAUAAAGAAAGGAAGAUGGCAGUGCCUAUGCCGUCCAAACGCCGGUCGUUGGUGGUGCAGACAUCCAUGGAUGCUUACACACCUCCAGAUACCUCUUCCGGCUCAGAAGACGAAGGUUCCGUUCAGGGCGACUCCCAGGGAACGCCCACUUCCAGUCAGGGGAGCAUCAAUAUGGAACACUGGAUUAGCCAAGCCAUCCACGGCUCAACCACAUCAACCACUUCCUCCUCCUCCACACAAAGUGGCGGCAGUGGCGCUGCCCACAGACUGGCUGACGUCAUGGCUCAGACACACAUAGAAAAUCAUUCUGCCCCCCCUGAUGUUACCACUUACACCUCAGAGCACUCGAUCCAGGUAGAAAGACCACAAGGAUCUACGUCCUCAAGAGCAGCCCCAAAAUAUGGCAAUGCUGAACUUAUGGAGACUGGAGACGGAGUGCCUGUAAGCAGCAGAGUUUCAGCAAAGAUUCAACAGCUGGUCAAUACCUUAAAACGGCCCAAACGACCACCAUUACGAGAAUUUUUUGUAGAUGACUUUGAGGAGUUGUUAGAAGUUCAACAACCAGAUCCAAACCAGCCAAAGCCAGAGGGAGCCCAGAUGUUAGCGAUGCGUGGGGAGCAGCUGGGCGUUGUAACGAAUUGGCCGCCGUCAUUGGAAGCUGCGCUGCAACGAUGGGGGACUAUUUCACCAAAGGCUCCUUGCCUAACCACUAUGGACACAAACGGAAAACCACUGUACAUCCUUACUUACGGCAAACUGUGGACAAGAAGUAUGAAGGUUGCCUACAACAUUCUGCAUAAGUUAGGGACGAAGCAGGAACCUAUGGUGCGGCCUGGAGACAGGGUAGCACUUGUAUUUCCUAACAAUGAUCCUGCUGCUUUUAUGGUAGCGUUUUAUGGCUGCUUGUUGGCGGAAGUUGUUCCUGUCCCCAUUGAAGUGCCACUUACCAGAAAGGAUGCUGGAAGCCAACAAAUAGGUUUCUUACUUGGAAGUUGUGGAGUUACUGUGGCCUUGACUAGUGAUGCCUGCCAUAAAGGACUGCCAAAAAGCCCAACAGGGGAGAUACCACAAUUUAAAGGUUGGCCAAAACUAUUAUGGUUUGUCACCGAAUCUAAGCACCUCUCCAAACCACCUCGCGAUUGGUUCCCACAUAUCAAAGAUGCAAAUAAUGACACUGCAUAUAUCGAAUAUAAAACUUGUAAAGAUGGCAGCGUGCUUGGGGUGACCGUGACGAGAAUUGCACUGCUUACCCACUGUCAAGCUCUGACCCAGGCGUGCGGCUAUACAGAAGCCGAGACAAUUGUGAAUGUAUUAGAUUUCAAGAAGGAUGUUGGCCUCUGGCAUGGGAUUUUGACGAGUGUCAUGAAUAUGAUGCAUGUAAUCAGUAUCCCAUAUUCGUUGAUGAAGGUGAAUCCUCUUUCAUGGAUCCAGAAGGUCUGCCAGUACAAAGCAAAAGUCGCUUGUGUCAAAUCCAGAGACAUGCACUGGGCAUUAGUGGCACAUAGAGAUCAAAGAGAUAUCAACCUGUCUUCUCUCCGCAUGUUAAUAGUGGCUGAUGGAGCAAAUCCUUGGUCUAUUUCUUCCUGUGAUGCAUUUCUCAAUGUCUUCCAAAGUAAAGGCCUAAGACAGGAGGUCAUUUGUCCUUGUGCUAGCUCACCAGAGGCUCUCACUGUGGCCAUCCGAAGGCCAACGGAUGACAGCAACCAGCCUCCUGGUCGGGGGGUUCUGUCCCUGCAUGGCCUCACCUACGGCGUGAUUCGCGUGGAUUCAGAGGAAAAGCUCUCCGUUCUGACGGUUCAAGACGUGGGCUUGGUGAUGCCAGGAGCUAUCAUGUGUGCAGUGAAGCCAGAUGGAAUUCCUCAGCUGUGCAGAACAGAUGAAAUUGGGGAGCUCUGUGUGUGUGCAAUAGCAACGGGUACUUCAUAUUACGGCCUCUCAGGCAUGACCAAGAAUACAUUUGAGGUUUUUCCUAUGACAAGUUCAGGUGCUCCAAUAAGCGAAUACCCAUUUAUAAGGACUGGACUACUAGGCUUUAUCGGACCAGGUGGACUUGUCUUUGUGGUGGGGAAAAUGGAUGGCCUGAUGGUUGUGAGUGGGCGAAGACACAAUGCUGAUGACAUUGUAGCCACAGCUUUAGCAGUGGAACCAAUGAAAUUUGUGUACAGGGGAAGAAUAGCUGUGUUUUCAGUGACGGUCCUUCAUGAUGAAAGGAUAGUUAUUGUUGCAGAGCAGAGGCCUGAUUCCACAGAGGAAGAUAGCUUUCAGUGGAUGAGCAGAGUGCUACAGGCUAUUGAUAGUAUACACCAAGUUGGGGUGUACUGCCUCGCACUGGUUCCAGCAAACACCCUCCCCAAAACUCCCCUAGGUGGAAUUCACUUAUCGGAAACAAAGCAGCUUUUCUUGGAAGGCUCACUCCAUCCCUGUAAUGUGUUGAUGUGUCCACACACUUGUGUAACAAACCUGCCUAAACCUCGACAAAAGCAACCAGAAAUUGGACCUGCCUCUGUGAUGGUGGGGAACCUUGUCUCUGGGAAAAGAAUUGCUCAGGCUAGUGGCAGAGAUCUCGGGCAAAUAGAAGACAAUGAUCAGGCCAGAAAGUUCCUGUUCCUCUCAGAAGUUUUGCAGUGGAGAGCACAGACGACCCCUGACCAUAUCCUUUACACGCUACUUAACUGUAGGGGAACCAUCGCCAACUCACUGACUUGUGUCCAGCUACAUAAACGAGCCGAGAAGAUAGCUGUUAUGUUGAUGGAAAGAGGACACUUGCAAGAUGGAGAUCAUGUUGCCCUAGUGUACCCACCAGGAAUAGAUUUGAUUGCAGCAUUUUACGGCUGCCUGUAUGCAGGCUGUGUGCCAAUAACAGUCCGGCCUCCACACCCGCAAAACAUCGCAACAACUUUACCCACAGUAAAGAUGAUUGUUGAGGUGAGUCGCUCUGCCUGUUUAAUGACUACGCAGCUGAUAUGUAAAUUGUUACGGUCCCGAGAGGCAGCGGCAGCAGUAGAUGUCAGAACGUGGCCCCCCAUCCUAGACACAGAUGAUUUGCCAAAGAAGCGGCCUGCCCAAAUCUACAAACCUUCUAAUCCAGAAACCCUAGCCUAUCUUGAUUUUAGUGUAUCCACAACUGGAAUGCUAGCAGGCGUAAAGAUGUCUCACGCUGCCACCAGUGCCUUCUGUCGUUCUAUUAAGCUGCAGUGUGAGCUUUAUCCCUCAAGGGAAGUGGCGAUCUGUUUGGACCCUUACUGUGGACUUGGGUUUGUCCUCUGGUGUCUCUGCAGUGUUUAUUCAGGACACCAAUCAAUUUUGAUUCCCCCUUCGGAGCUGGAGACGAAUCCUGCCCUGUGGCUUCUAGCUGUGAGUCAGUACAAAGUCCGUGACACUUUUUGUUCCUAUUCAGUCAUGGAACUUUGUACCAAAGGCCUGGGAUCACAAACGGAAUCAUUGAAGGCCAGAGGACUAGACUUGUCACGUGUCCGGACAUGUGUAGUAGUGGCAGAAGAGCGACCUCGGAUAGCUCUCACCCAGUCAUUUUCAAAACUCUUCAAAGAUCUGGGUCUUCACCCUCGGGCCGUGAGCACGUCAUUCGGCUGUAGAGUGAACCUGGCUAUAUGCUUGCAGCCUCACAGGCUGGGGAAGCUGGCCGAGCAGGGGACAUCUGGACCCGAUCCGACCACUGUGUAUGUUGAUAUGAGGGCGCUGAGACAUGACAGAGUCCGUUUGGUAGAAAGAGGAUCUCCUCACAGUUUACCCCUCAUGGAAUCUGGAAAAAUACUUCCAGGAGUUCGGAUCAUCAUUGCUAAUCCAGAAACUAAAGGACCACUGGGAGAUUCGCACCUUGGAGAAAUUUGGGUUCACAGUGCUCAUAAUGCUAGUGGCUAUUUUACGAUUUACGGAGAUGAGUCCCUGCAGUCGGAUCAUUUCAACUCAAGACUGAGUUUUGGAGACACCCAGACCAUUUGGGCCCGGACAGGCUAUUUAGGAUUCUUGAGGAGAACAGAAUUGACAGAUGCAAACGGAGAGCGGCACGAUGCCCUGUAUGUAGUGGGCGCACUAGACGAAGCCAUGGAGUUGCGAGGGAUGAGAUAUCACCCAAUUGAUAUUGAGACGUCGGUAAUCAGGGCCCACAAGAGCGUUACAGAAUGCGCCGUGUUUACCUGGACAAAUUUGUUGGUUGUGGUGGUUGAGCUCGAUGGAUCCGAGCAAGAAGCCUUGGACCUUGUCCCCUUGGUGACCAACGUGGUUCUGGAGGAACACUAUCUGAUUGUCGGUGUGGUGGUGGUGGUGGACAUUGGCGUCAUCCCCAUCAACUCACGGGGAGAAAAGCAGCGGAUGCACCUGCGAGAUGGAUUUUUGGCCGACCAGCUGGAUCCCAUCUACGUGGCCUACAACAUGUAGCCUCAGAGCCGCGGUUCGGUUCCCCCAGGGACUUCACUCGAGAUGUAUACAUUUUUCUUGGUGUCCGCUAAAAAUGUGCAGAUCAGAGGGUGACGCUCAUCACAACGGAACUGUUUCUAGAACGGUGACGACUUUUCACAGCAGUCAUGAUUGGCAAGGAGAUAAAAAUGUGAUAUGUGUUUCUUUUACCACUGAAUUUUAGCUCAGAAGGACUUUGGGAUUACUGCCUUCAGUUGGAAAAGCCCAUUUUAAGACCUCUCCCCCCCGCCCCACUCCUGCCCCCCCUUUUCUGCCUUUUUUUUUUAGCUUAUUGAAGGAUAAUUAACUGCUUCCUACGUAAAUGUGGCUUUGCAUUUUCCGUUUAUAAGAUGAAAUAGCUUUUCUUUUCAGUUCUGCCCUCCAAGUAGGUCCCGUCUGUAGCAGUUUACAUAGUAAGACGAAGAAUGGUUUUUGUUCACCGUUUUAAUGUCAGCUCCUCCCCGCCCCCAAGGCCCUCCCAACCCCCGUUACUGGUUUAAGCCAUCUUUAGAUCCCAUCACUUUAGGAAGAAUAUGCUAAGGUACGAGAAAACUGCCCCAGUAGCACCUUCCAAUUAGAUUUCAGCAGCUUUCUUUGUCCUGAACUUGCUGCGGCAGCGGGCCGCGCGUGGCCACUGUCGUUAGCGUAGAGCGAGAAGGAAUUCUAUCCAAGGUGGGUUGCGGCAACGAUCUUGCAGAUAUCUUUGUACUAAACUAAAAAGAUAAAAUAAGUUAACCUCUUCAUAUGUAAUUAUGUACAAAAUGUUUAAUUUAUUUUGAUCUCUUUAGAAGUAUAAAAGAGAAGAACAUUCAAGAAUAUUACAGUCUUGUAAUGUUUGCUAAUAUAAAGGAGUGUUGUAUUAUCUUGCGUGGAUAGUAUCACAUCAGAUAUAUAUAUAUAUGAAAUAUAAAUUCACUAAUGACAAAAGAAGAUUUUAAAGUUUAAAUCGCAGAACUUGUCACUUGCAUGGUUUCUCCCACUGUACUGUAGAUAAUCCAGUGUUGUUCACACCAACUUUGUCUGAUGAAAAGCAAUCCUUGGUUGCCAGGAAUCCCUGUCGAAACGAUUCUUCUAGAUACCAGAUACCAGCAAGUGAAGUCAUUGCCGUCUCUAAGACGGUGAAUGCAUUUAAGGCUAAAAAAUGCACUAAAAGUUUUUUUUCCUUUGCCACGGAGGCAACAAUAAAUAUAUUUGUGCUGGCAUGUGCUUACACUUGUUAGACUUUAGGAGAGGCAGGUUGGCGAGUAGCACUGUUUCUAGCUGCAGAAAUUUGUUGCACAAUUUUUCAUCAUUUUUGUUGGGAUUUUUUUUGUUCCUGUUGUUGUUGUUGUUGUCGUACUGAGGAAUGGUUUUAUGUAGUCAUUUGCACCAAAUUCUAUCACCUCACCCCUCAGGUGGCCAUCCUUCCCGGCGGGCAAGGCGCGGUUCAGACCUAGGGAAGGAAUCUGUUGUCUCAGUGAUGGUAAUCUCUUCCCACCAGAGUCACUACAACCCAUCUGGCUAAAAGUCAGGUGAGUGUGUUGGCUGGGGAGUGAACACAGAAUGGGCUGCCUGCCCCAACCAUGGAUCUCUGAACACAUAGGAAUGCAUGUAGCCCACCUGCCUUCACUUGACCACCUGUGGAUAAAUAGGAGAGAUUCAAUUUCUACUUCAGUUGCCAACAUCUUCUCUCUCUUCUUCUUCUUCUUUUUUUAAUUUUCAGAGCUCAUUUGUACAUUAAAAAAAACUAUAUAUAUAUAUAUAUAUCCAACUUGCCCUUCUGCGGCCAAGAGCGUGGCUCCUUGCAGCCGGCCCAGAGUGGUUGAUUUUAUAACCAACCGCCCCUUAUACGUCCCCGUGAGAGCGUUCGUUGACCGGCUCACCACGACGGAGAUUGUUGUGGGGCAAGAUGUAGAACCUCUCUUUCUUACACUGGUAGGCAGCGUCUCAUGUCUGCCUUUGCCAGGUGUGUCUGGCGUCCUGCGGUAGGUCCUUCGCCAGAGAGAGUUUUGUUUGACUUCCAAGCUCCAAGUCUGAUCGUUUCAAAUCGUUUUCAAAAGAAGCAGCUUCCAGUCUGCAGCCACAGUGCAUUUGGCCCGGUCGGGGGCCUCUGAGUUUGCCAUCACCGUUUCGGGCGCCCCUUUACCGGGUGAUGAUUCCUCCCACGUGCUCCGUGGCCACAUCUCUACGUCUCGAACGACUCACGAUCCUCUGCUUCCUCAAAAAAGCUCCCUCCCUCACACACAGCAACCCUGUUUUAAAGGAAAGGCGGUGUAAGGUUCUGGAUGAGAUAUCGAUCGAUUAACAGACGUAAUUGCAGGGUGAGGACUCACUAGAGUGGAGUUCCGCAGCCAUGGACCUCAGUGCCGGCAAGCAGGCUUAGCUGUCUCAUAAGAAAGACACGCGAACCUUCCCCAAGUCAACUUUCCAUUCAUAGGAAGAUGCUGCCGUGCAGUUGUGAAAGCCGUUAAUGCCAGAUCUCUUCUGCAGCCCGUCGCCUGUGGUGUUCAGUUUUUAAGUUCGGAGACAUAAUGAAACUCAGUUUCUGGUUCUGUUGUGCAAGUGAAAGGAAGGAAAUGCUUCAGUACCACCAGAUUCAGCAAUAAAGAAGGAUUGUUCUGUAUUAGAAAUCGUACUGUAGAUAAACCAUUCAUGAGAAUGUAUAAAAUGUUUGUCUCGUGACCUUGUGCUUUUGAAGUCAGACAAAACCAUGUAAUCAAUUUGAUGCACAUGCACAAAAAGAGGGUACACAAUGAACAUUUAAACACAAACCGAAUCAAACAGGAGCAGAUUCCUCAUGGUGCUUGUUUAUUAUAUCUAUUUAAUCCUGCUUGACACUUUACCCAAGGGAAGACCUGUCCCUUUUCUCAGUUGAAUGUUAGCAGCGUUAUUUCAUAGAGUGUGGUGACUGGUUAGAGAAAUCCAUGUACUCAGCCAAUCACAGUUUCAAACAAAGAUUUUUAUGUGCAAAGGACAGCAACCUUCUUGUAUGUUAAACCACCAGUACGCUUUGUACAUCUGUGAUAACGCCUGUUUUAUAUUCAAAUGAACAAAUAAAAGCUUUUAUUUUUGUUGCUCUGAAAA